AUGGCCAAAGUUCCUGAUCUCUUUGAAGACCUGAUGAACUGUUUCAGUGAAAAUGAAGAAGACAGCUAUGCUAGUGAUGAUUCCUCUUUGAAUCAGAAAUCUUUCUACGAUGUAAGCUAUGGCCAACUUCAUAAGGACUGUGUGAAUACAGCAUCUCGGAAUACCUCUGAGACCUCUGUGUCAUCCCACCUUACCUACAAGGAGAGUGUGGUGGUAGUGGCACCCAAUGGGAAUAUUUUGAAGAAGAGGCGCCUGAGUUUAAACCAGUCCAUCACUGGUGAUGAUCUGGAGACCAUUGCCAGUGAUCCAGAAGAAGAAAUCAUCGUGUCUGCAUCGGCACCUUACAGCCACCAGAGUAAGGGAUAUUACAAAUAUUUGAAGACUAUCAAACAAGAGUUUACCCUGGCUGAUCCCCUCAACCAAAUCUUAAUUCGGGACAACUCUGAUCAGUACCUCAGAGCAGCAGCACUACAGAACAUGGACGAUGCAGCGUUAUUUGACAUGGAGAUGUACAGGACAGACUCAGCAGAUUCCACAAUUCCUGUAACUUUAAGAAUCUCAAACACUCGACUGUUCGUGAGUGCCCAGAGCGAAAAUGAACCUGUGUUACUGAAGGAGUUGCCUGAGACACCCAAAGACAUCACCGACAGUAAGCUUGAUCUCCUCUUCUUAUGGGAAUCUCAAAACUCUAAGCAAUACUUCAAGUCGGCUGCCAACCCAGAGCUGUUUAUUGCCACAAAAUCAGAACAUUUGGUGCACAUGGCAAAGGGGCUUCCCUCGAUGGUUGACUUUCUGAUCUCAGAAAAACAUUCGUGACUCUGGAAAGCCACUCACUAGUGAAGCGUUGACCAUCUGUAUGUACCAUGUACAUGAAGUUGAAUUCCUCACUCUUAGUCAUUUGCUGAGCACGUGCUGAGCCUGUGUAAUUCUAAAUGAAUGCUUCCCCUCUUUGUAAAAGAGGUGUCAAGUUAAAUGAAAUCAACACUAACAUAUCAUGCUGUUU